CAAACAAUGAGCAAUGAGAACAUCCACAGUGCUGACAGUGGUCUGAGUUCUAUAUAGAUAUCUGAAGCAGAUAGCUCAUAUUCAGAACAUACAUUGUGGGUUGAAUAUCUAUAAUUAUUGUCCUAGCCAUGAAAACAGUUCCUCGUUAUAGACGGUUUAUAAUGAUCUGUUAAUGGGCAGCAAAGCAGAAUGAGAGCCUCCAGGAAGAAAGUCACAUUCAGUGAGGACCCUGUGAUAUUGGACUCUGCAGGGAUGAAGGAUCACACUCACUGUGGAAUUCUCCAGCACUAUCACCAGCUCAUUGUGAAACAUCUCACUCUCACCUCUCCUGUGUACAGGAGGCUGAAAGAACAUGGGAUCCUGACAACAGAUCAGAUUGGAUUACUGGAGAUGGAAGAGUUUCCAGACCGAAAGAUUUCCAAACUUAUCGAGGUACUGAAAAGUGCAGACCGCCAUGUCUUCACUACAUUCUGCGCGGUACUUCAUGACACAGGACAGCAUCACCUGGCCCAAAUACUGCAAAUGGCCUCAAGUAACAAAACACCUGCGUUACCGGAAGUACCACCGAUCUCACGGCAUAAACAAGUCCUAAAUGAAGCAUUGUCCCUACACGUGGAAUAUGAUAAGACAAUCAAAGAAGAAAAUGUACAGCUAAGAAAGAAAAUAAAAAGAAUGAGAAGCCAAUAUAUGACAAACUUGCAGGAACUGGAAGAGAGAGUAAAUAUAGCUAAAUGGGAGCGUGACCUUGCCAUCAAAGAGAGGAACAUUGUAUACAGUGAAAAUGAAGCUCUGCAGAACCUCAACACUGAGCUUCGUGCCCUGGUCAGGAGAUUGCAUGAAACCACUCUACAAUCUGGUGCACAGGACUUCAGGACUCUCCGUUCCAAUGUACAGGACCUCGGAUUCAGUGUAAAUUACCUGAACGAAAAAUCUAAGAGGCUUUAUCCAGCGACACACUUAGGUCUUGUUUAUAGGUGAACAGUUAUUACCUCAUAUUUCUAUAUUUUAAAAGCUAUGAUUCUUCACAAUUAAGACUGAUUGAAAUAUUUUUUUUUAUUAUGUUUAAAUUGUAUUUCCUUACUAAACUAUGUAAAUAGCGGCUUUACAUUGGUCAAUAAAGUCAACUUUAUAACUACGAGGUAAUGUAUGAAGCACAAAAUGGCUGCUCAGAGGUGCUACAGCAGAACUGGAAUUGUUGUGGGCCUUGAUUCGUACAGCUGCAUAUACACUAGGAAUGGAGAGUGAAAUGGCCGCUUUGUGGAGGAGCACUGGUAUGCACAGGCAGAGGGAAGGAAGUGGGCCAUACUACAGAUCUACAGUAUUGAGGUUGACAGUCAAUAGGUUGACAUCAAAUGGUCGACAUGCAUAAUGUCAACAGGUAAUAAAGGUUCACAGAUAAAAGGUUGACCGUGUCGAAAUGUACAAAAGGUCGACGGGGUCAAAAAGAUUGACACAAAAAUGGUCAACACACAAAUGGUUGACACAAGUUUUUUGGAUCAAAUCUUGUAUGUUGGUAAUAAGUGACCACCAUUAGUAAAAAUUUAUACCCUUGCGGGCUCGCUUCCCUCGCCACACUUUGGGCACAGGUUACUACUGUUCCCAAUCCGUCCACUUGGAUAAUAAAUCAAGCAAAUGUUGGAAAAACAUGUAAAAAAUCCCAAAUAAAUGCGUUGACCUUUUGUACUUGUAAACUUAACGCCUGUCAAUCUAUGGUGUCGACCUAUUGACUGUCACAUGCAGCACUCGGCUCCUGUCACAGUGUAGGAGCUGGUAGUUCAGCCAGACAAGUCUCUUACAUCCCCACUUUUUGAUGGGGGGGAACUUUCUACCAAACUAAGUGGGACAUGUACUAAGCAGUGAUAAAAGCAGAGAAGUGAGCCAGUGGAGAAGUUUCCCACGGUAACCAAUCAGCAUUGACAUAAUAUUUAAAAUUUGCAUAAUAUAAAGGUAUACAGAGCAGCUGAUUGGUUGCCAUGGGCAGCUUCUCCACUGGCUCACUUCUCCACUUUUAUCACUGCUUAGUACAUGUCCCCCUUAUUGUCUUUGGCCCCAGUGACACCCCUGAUCUGGUGGCAUAACAGCUCAUGACAAACCUCCUCCUUGUCCUCAGUACUGCCCCAGUUGCUAUCUACCCUUAAACCCUCCCUGCCCCAACUGCCGCAUGCGCUUUAUCAUCUUCUACCCCCACCUUCUGCCUGCCCUUACCCUCUUCUACCCCAACUGCUGCCUGCCACCACAACUGCCCAUGCUACCACCUGACCCUACCCCCAGCACUAUCCCGACUGUUGCCUGCCCUUAGCCUCCUCU